AUGGCAAUUAAUUAUUUUAAUCCUAAAGUAAGCGAUUGGGAACCUGUAAUUGAAAGAUUUGGAGUUGAAGUUAAUAUUGUCAACAAUGAAUUUGGCUAAACUAAUCACUUAAUAACUGCUGAACUACUUGAUGAUUAUUUCGAAUCUGUUUAUUUUAAUAUAUCAUCCUAUUAAAAUCUCCAAGACUAAAAAAAUGAAUGGGAAUUCAAAAGACAUUAAAGUAUAUGCGGACUCAGACCUGUAGACUGUACAGAAAGUAACUAAAUAAAAGAGGAUGAAAAUGAAGGAGAAUAAGAUUAUGAACAUAGAAAAAAAAGUAUUGACGAUUUUGUUGAUAAUGAAAUUUUUUGGAGUGGAUAAAUUGAUGUUAAAAAUAUAAGUGUGGCUAACAUGUGUAUUAGAAAUAAAUAAAAUAAAAUAGUUAAAUUUAUUAGAACUGAUACAACUCUUAACAAUUCUAAUAUAUAUAUUGUUGUUUAAGAAGUUGAAGAGAAUCAAGUGCCCUAUUUAAUAGUAAACAAAUGUUAUAAUAUAACUAUUGAAAUCCCUUCUAUUCCUGCCACUAUAGAACAUAAUGAAAAAGUUUUCUUUGCUUGGGAUGAGCCAAGUAUAUAAAAAUAAUUAAAUGUUAUUAUUAGAGUUAAUAAAAUAUAAAAGAACAUAACAAUAUUUCCUGACAAAAUAAUUAAAAGUUAGGCUAUUGAUAUUGGAGUUUAUAUUGAAAGUGCAGGAAUUAAAUAUUCUGUUUAAAUUGAUGGGUUUACUAAAGUUAUUAUGUUUGAAAACUGUUUUGAAAAUUCUGAAAUUUAGGAAUAAAGUUAAAGUUUUGAUAAAAUUAAUGAAAAUCAAAAUAAUGAUUAAAAAAACGAAAAUUAGUACUAAAAACAUAUUUCUUUUCAUCUUAAAAAAGUAGGGAUUUCAAUUAUUAGCAAUUCUUUAAAUAACAUAAAACCUAAAGAAUUUGUUUAUAUAUAAAUUUAGGAUGCUGAAUUUAUAUUUUUAGAAAAAAAAGAUAAAAUUGUUACCUAAUUUAAACUGAAAUAUAUAAAUGUAGAUAAUAACACCAAAUACUUGCCUGAAUUUCCUGUUAUUCUUACUCCCUCGCGUUUCUAAAGCCAUACAAGUAAUUAAAAUUCUAAAUCUUUGAUAAAUAUACUUGUCGAAAAAAAUACUACAGCAUAUAAUAUUAACCUUUUUAAUUCUAUUAAAUUAGAUGUCGAACCUCUGACUUUAAGAAUUGAAGAAGAGUUUAUUGCUUAGAUACUUAUUUUUUUAGAAGAAUUAAUAGAAAUAAAGAAGACAUUCUAAAAUAACAUUUAGUUUAAUAUGAGUGAAAUUCAUAAAAGGAAUUAUGCAAGUUCUAUAAUAACAAAUUCUCAAUCAAAUUCCCAAUAAUAAUAUAUUUUGGAAAAUAAAAUAUUAUAUCCUUGGUAAAACGAAAUAAUUCCAUAAUAAUAAUUGCCUACAUAUAUAGAUUAAAUAGUUGUUUCCCCUAUAAAAAUAAAUCUAACUUUUAAAUCAAAGACAAGGGCAUCUUCGGAUGAAUAAUUUGCAAUAAUAAAAGUAUUCACAAAUGCACUUGGGGUUGCUUUAUCUAACAUAGAUGACGCACCUUUAACUUUAAAAGGAAUUCGAUUAUUCAAUUGUUUUGAUACUGCAGAUGGAAUCGCAACUAAAAUUAUAUCUAAUUACAAAUAGUAAGCUAUUAGAGAAGUCUUUAGCUUAUUAGGAAGUUUAAGUAUUAUUGGAAAUCCUAUUGGAUUCUUUAAUAAUGUUUCUGCUGGAGUAUAAGAUUUUAUUGAAAAACCUCUAGAAGGCCUAAUCCAUGGACCAUUAGAAGCAGGUAUGGGUUUAGCUUAAGGAGCUGUUAGUCUAACUAAGAAUAUAAUGGCAGGAGCAUUUAAUUCUAUAAAUAAAAUAAGUGGCUCUUUUUCAACUGGAUUAGUUCAUUUGUGUUUUGAUCAUGAAUUUAUGUUACAAAGAGACAAAUUAAGAGUUAGAAAACCUAAACACGUUCUAGAAGGACUUGAAUAUGGAUUAAAUUCAAUUGUAAAUGGUUUCGGAAAAGGUAUUUCAGGUGUAGUGACAAAGCCUAUAAAAGGAUGCAAUCAAGGAGGAGUAAAAGAGUUUUUAGUUUCUACUUGGUAAGGAAUAUCUGGUGUAGUAGUAAAACCUAUAUCUGGAAUAUUAGAUGCCAUAUCGAAAACUGCAGAAGGGAUAAAAAAUACAGCAACAUAUUUUGAUGAUAAACCUAAUGAAUAAAGGAUGAGAUAAAGGAGAAUUUUUUACGGAAAAGAGUAAAUUUAUAAAGAUUUCAAUGAAAUUGAUAGUGAAAUGUAUGCUGAAUUACAGAGUUUUAAAAAAAGUAAAUAUAAAAAUUGCAUAUUCUAUAGGUCUUUCAUACUUUUGAAUGAAGAUAAGAAAUAAUAAGCACUUAUUUUACUUAAAGAAUGUCUCAUACUUUUAUAUGUCGGUUCAAGAAGAAGAGUUUGGAUUAUUGAUUUUCAUGAACUAAAUUCAGUUUAAUUAAUUAAUGAAGGAAUUAAUAUUUAUACCAUAAAUGAAAAUAAAUAUUUUAAAGUAUCUUAUAAAUUUAUAAAUUAUAACAUUUUUUUAUAAAAAAGGACAAAAUUUAUUUUUUGA